UGGAGGAGGAGACUUGUUUUUGUUCAAGGAGCUGCAGUGACGCAGAGCUGAGCAGAGAGAGGGAAACUUUUUAACCAAAAGGUGAGGAGGCACCACGAGAAUGUGGGCGUGCCUCAGCCUGCUCGUCACUCUCUGCCAGCUCCACGGGGGCGGUGCGGAGAGUGUCGGGGGCGGGCCUCGAUGUCAGCUGCCUCCGUCCUGGAGGAUAGGAGAGGUGGAGCCGAUGAAGGGCACGAUGGGCCAGGUGACGGUGGUGGCCCUUUUACAGGCCAGCUGAUUGUUCUGCUUGGUGCAGGCUUCCAGAAUGGACGGCCUGCGCCAAACGGUGGAGGGUCAGGGUCUGAAGAACGUGUCCUACAUGGUCGUUAACCAGCAGGGGGAGCCAGCACUGCGCCUCCACACCAUGCUGGCACAGAGACUGUCGGUGAACAUCACCCUCUACAAACAGGACGAGCAGCAGCCUGAUGUCUGGCAGGCACUGAGCGGAGGGAAGGAUGACUUUCUCGUUUAUGACAGGUGUGGCCGUCUCACCCACCACAUCUCCCUUCCCUACUCCAUCAUCGGGCAAGGCUAUGUGGAGGGCGCGAUCAAAGAUGCCUACUGCAAACGCACAUGUGGGGACUGUGCGCACGAGAGCACUGAGACACCAGAGGAGUGCGCAGAGAAAGCAGUCGCACAGCCUGAUGCAGACGCUCCCCCAGCUGUAGAGGAAGACACUGGGCGUGGUCACCAUCACCAUGGUCAUGGCCACCAUGGGGAUAAUCACGGUGUUCAACCCCGGGGCCAUGAUCGCCACCGUGGUCAUGGAGACCACAAUGGCGCUGGCCAGCAAGGUGUAAGACACCAGGGGCACGAGCGAGAUGCCGGGCUAUCACAAGGGCAACAUCACUUCGAUUUAGGCCAGAUGCAGAUAGCACAGGAGGCCCCCGGGGCCCCUGUGAUGCCCUGAGUGCAAGAGAAGGCCAGCUGCAAGUCAAAGCACAGCUGACAGUGGGCAGCAGGCUCCGACAACGAAGCCUCUCCCAAGGCCAGCUGAUGCUGACACUGACGCAGGCUGUUUGGCAACGCGGGGAGCGAGCAGCCGCUCGGCCUGUGACACUGUGACGAGGCGCUGCCCGCCUCCUGACAGUGACACGGACUGACUGGCGACGCAACCAAUAGUGUCAGGGAGACCUGACAGUGACGCUCGCCCCCCGCUGACUGACAGCAGCCUCAGCCAGCUCAAUGAGCCUGACCCGCCGGUGCGAGCUGAGGAUGAGAGCAGCUGUAGGCUGACUCUGAUUUCAGCCUCUUAUUAAGACCAUCCAGAAACACCGGGGCCAAGCGCUCUUUUAUGCCAACUACCCCUGAGGGAGGGCAGGGUGACCCCUGACAUGCAUGCACGUGGGAUAGAUGAACACGAGUCCAACAUCACAUUGAUAAAGAUUAAAUAAUGCCAACGAUUUGGCAGCUCGUUAACUCAUUUGGCGACAGGCACGCAAAUAAUUAGAUCGUGCCUUAAAGAACGUAUGCCGUGUUUCACCUGUUCUCCACGUGUGUGUGUCAGCGGGUCGCCCUCAUCCUUUCUCAGGCGUGCACGUGGUUGUCGUGUUCACGAAUGGGCCCCCUCCAUUUAGCUCUCUCCGUCCUUUAUGAAGCCAGGCGCGGAAACUACGCUCUAGUGGCGUCUGUAUGAGGUCAGGCUGGAGAGAGAGGAGAGGGUGGGUUCAGGAACACGAUAAACACGUUAAACAUUUCAAAGGGAAGCACAGGAGAUUAUUUGAGGAAACAGAAGAAGAAGAAAAAAUCCGUAUUGAAUCUGCAAAAACAAAACCAAAUGACAUCAGAUUGACCUUAAAGAAGGUUGCAGUCAAUGCCACAUUUUUUUGUUGGGGAAAACCUGAAAAGUACUGGUCCGUUACUGGGAAAACAAUCCUUACAAAAUUUAAAAGCAAGCCUUUAAAAGUUUAUACCACUGAUGUGUUUGUCUGUAUGCUUAUUUUUCGUGUCGUUCUUAGAGCCUGCAAGCUUAAACAUAUAUCAGGUGUUUCUUUACCCACAAACAUGCACAUUUUGAAUGCUGAGUGCUUAGCAUUCCUUUGCAAGGGGAAAAAAAAAAUACAAGACUCUAUUGUUUGGAAAAGGGCAGAGGGAAAAUGAGAGUGACGCGAUGUUGGAAUACACUCUGUACUCAAUGAUGGUUUCAGCGGGAAGAUUAAAAGUCACCCUGAAAACCUGAUGCUUGCACAGAGAACUGUGUUGUGAGAAGGCUGUCAAACAUGGAAACUGAGUGUUGAAUAAAGAUGGUUGAGUUAC